AUGGAGAAAGAUUCUAGUCGUUUGGAUGUGACAGUAAACCGGUGUGCUACAGACUGUGGUUCCAAGAACAAAGUAGCUGGUCUUUGGCUACAACAGGACAUUAGGUCAAUUAGGUUAUGGUGGAGCACAAAUGUCCCAAAGGCGACUCUUGGAACAAAGCUAGCCGUCGGCGGGAACUCGAUAGCGGUCUUUACUAUUGGGUUUGACAUACACCACUUACAGUUAGAUGAUCAACAUAGCACGGUGUUAACAGAUAGAGCUUCAUUAUAUAGAAGUCAAGUGCUUAUGGUUAGAAAGGGCAAAUCGUCUGGUAAUUUACCUACCCGCAAUAGCACUGCCACAAUAGGAGUGUUCUGA